UAUUAAACACUGUGUGGACGUCGUUUCUUCAGCGUCGGACAGCGGAGCCAGCACCAGUGAUCAUGGAAUCUAAUGAUGUAAAUGCACAUGAACCUGAACUGGUGCCACACAAAGGCAUCAAGCUGAUCGAGGGUACGCAUGAUCCGGAGGACGUGGACCAGAUUUACAACCUGGAGAUCAGGGACUCGGAUGUGUUCGUCAUCACAUACCCAAAGUCAGGGACAAUCUGGAUGCAGCAGAUUCUCCUGCUGCUUGAGUCAAAGGGAGAUGUGACCGCCGUCAGUAAACUCAGCAAAUAUUCCAACGCUGAGCUCAUCCCCUGGAUCGAGCUGAAGGGCAACAGGCAGGCGUUCAUAACGGCCCCGUCCCCCAGGCUGAGGGUCUCCCAUCUGCAGCACCAUGUCAUGCCCUCUGCUCUGAGCCAGAGGGGCAAGGUGAUCUACGUGGCAAGAAAUCCCAAAGAUGUCCUCGUGUCUUACUAUCACUUCCAUAAGGUUGCAAACAUGUUGGAAACGCCGAGGGAUUUCAGUGAAUUCUUUGAUAAAUUUUUGAGAGGAGACGUGUUUGGUUGUAGCUGGUUCGAUCAUAUUAAGACGUGGCACUCACACAAGGAGGAUAUGAACAUGCUGUUCAUCACUUAUGAAGAAAUGAUUCAAGACCUGCAGUCUGCAGUGAGGAGGAUCUCUUUGUUCCUGGGUAAAGAGAUAACUGAUGAGCAGCUGGCAAAUGUGGUGAAACACAGCACCUUCAAGGUCAUGGAGAAGAUCCCUAAUGCCAACUAUGAACAGGUGCCAGGUGAUCUACUCAACCACCACCAAGGACGAUUCAUGAGGAAAGGCACCAUCGGGGACUGGAAGAACCAUUUCACUGUGGCCCAGAAUGAGAGGUUUGACGAGGCCUACAACAAAGAGAUGAAGGAUGUUCCUCUGUCUUUUAUCUGGGACAUCCUGGACAUUGAGUGAGCAGUUUGUUGCUCUCACGACAACAAAGAGAACAAAAAGAAGAAACAGUUGCAACUCCAUGAACUCUGCUUUACAGAGACAGCGUCUGCUUCUCUUUCCCUGUGUAUAUUUUAGCAUCUGAGGGUACAUUUCAAUUCAUGGCAGUUCCCUCCCCCAUUUUAGUUCAAAAACCUAUGCAAAUCUCUAUUUGGGUAUCUCAUUGAGAUCAUGGAAUGGCUAGGUUGUGGUCUAACUAUAGCAGCCUUGUUUUGUAGUCAUGUACAUUACAGUAUUACUGCUUGCUGAUGCACUGAAUGCUCUUCGAAUCAAGCUGCAUUUACAACUAAAUUACCAGUUGCUUUGACAAUAGUAGAAAUAUCUUGCAUACCAUUCUCAUAUAUCUAAUAUGUAUUCAAUGAGUUAAACCAUUGGAUUUUC